AUGUCUGCUUCAUUGGCUCCCGAAUGCAAUGAGGCCAAAGAAAAAUAUGACACAUGCUUCCUGAAAUGGUAUUCGGAAAAAUACAUUCGGGGCAACUCAGCAACAGAUGAAUGCGAACCCUUAUUCAAGCAAUACAAGAGCUGUUUGACGAAAGCUCUCAAGGAGCGAGGCAUUGAUUCUAUGCUGUCCGAUGCGCGAGAGAGCACCAACGAGACUGAUGCCGAACAUUUGCGUCGAUGA